AUGGAGAAAGAACCCAAAAUCUCAUCUACUAGUCAACUUGGUCUUGUUCCCGAGACUGGUGCUCAGAAACCCUCCAACCCUCAAGCGAACCCCAUCUCUCCCGAUGUCACGAGCGUUCAGCCUCAUAGCAGAAUCGGUGAUGAGAAGUUGAUCAAAAACAAUGAUAAUGAAGUACUCGAACCACCUUCCGAAACGGUUGAGAAUACGGAACCCAAUGCAGUAUCCGAUGUUCCAUAUAGCGUCUUCUCUACCUCUCAAAAGAAAAUGAUUGUCCUUACCGGGUCCAUGGCAAGCCUCUUUUCUCCCAUGUCAACGAGCAUAUAUUAUCCAUCUCUCAGUCAAAUUGCAAAAGACCUUCAUGUAUCAGAUGCUAAAAUCAGUCUUACGGUUACUUUGUUCUUAGUUAUUCAAGGCUUAGCACCUAUGAUGAUUGCGGGAUUAUCAGACAAAGCUGGAAGACGUCCAGCAUAUAUCAUUUGCUUCAUUAUUUACUUCUUCACAACUCUUGGUCUUGGACUUCAAAAUUCAUACCCAGCGUUGAUGGCCCUACGUUGCUUGCAAAGCGCAGGAAGUAGUGGUACAGUAGCUCUUGCAAAUGGGUUAGUUGGUGAUAUCAUCACUUCUUCUGAGCGCGGUACUUACGUUGCAUGGGCUUCUCUUGGUAGUAUUCUUGGUCCUAUGGUUGCUCCUAUCAUUGGAGGAAUAUUAGGGCAAUAUGCAGUUGACGAUGGUUCCAUACCUCCACCAUUUCUCUGCAUGAACAUUACAGACCACAUACGACAUUCGAAUCGUCGUAAGAAAGGAAUUCCCUUGGAUGCAGAGAAGUUUACAGCCCUGCGCAAGAACUACAAGCUACAGGUCCCAAAUCCACUAUCUACACUUAAAGUUCUUGCGGAUAAAGAAGCAGGACUAUUAUUAGGCGCAGCGGGUAUAAGUCUAGCUUGCUAUUAUGCAAUUUCUACGGGCGCUUCAUCACAAUUUGGCUCUUUGUACGGAUUCUCACAGUUAAAAGUAUCAUUGAUGUUCAUUCCUGUCGGUGCAGGAUCCCUUAUCUCUGCUUUUACUACUGGGAAGAUAGUAGACUUCAACUAUCGCCGAUACGCCAAAAUUCAUAACUUUCCACUCGUCAAAAAUCGUCAAAUGGAUCUCACCAAUUUUCCAAUCGAGAAAGCGCGACUGGAGAUUGCACUCCCGUUGUUCUAUCUCGGUGCUUUAGCCAUAAUUGCUUAUGGCUGGGUGAUGGGUCACCAUGUUAGUAUCGCUGGACCAGUGAUAUUGUUGUUUGUGAUAGGGUAUGCUCUGGUUGCAAGUUUUCAAGUCCUCAAUAUCUUGAUGGUGGAUAUCUAUCCUGGUAGACCAGCUACAGCUACAGCUGCAAACAAUGUGGUACGAUGUGAACUGGGAGCGAUUGCGACUGCGGUUAUUGUCCCUAUGGUCAAUGCCAUCGGUACCGGGUGGUCAUAUACGAUCAUGGCCCUUCUGUUUUUGAUCUACAGCCCGAUAUUGAUAAUAAUUAUGAAAUAUGGAAUACGAUGGAGAAGUCAAAAGAAAGUUAAAGAGGUCGAAUCAGCUAGGAGAAAACAAGAGAGAAAUGGAGAUAAGUAG